AUGGUGAAAAGAGAAGGUGGACAGAUGACCACAAACAGAAAGGGAAGAAGCAUAAGGGAAAUAAAAGCCGGGACAACAGGCCACCACCUCAGGCGAUUUAACCUUCCAGCAGGAACGUCUGCUAUAGUUGCAGGAAACUCGGACAUAUGGCGAAUCGCUGCCCAGAGCAUGGACAGAAUUGUUAGCAGCAGUAGAGAUAGGGUGGCCCGGCAUUACCCAAGCCGAGAAUUGGGACUUAACCUAUCGGAUAGGGAUAGCCAGCGGGCUUUCAAAGUACCGAUUACUCGUCGUGUACGUUGA